UAACACAUCCAUCAUGACAACCAACCCCAACCUCCUCUUUGCUCUGGAAAACAUCUCCAAAACACCUGUCCAGACUUCUUCCAUUCCUACCACUGUCGCUACUCCACUUGGACCGCACAGAACUCUGGCACGCGCAAAGAUCCUCGCCAUGGCUGUAUCAACGGCGUCAAGAUCUCCACUGCGCUGGGCAUGUGCUGAGAGGAUUGACAGCAAAGUGCCAUGUACCGGAUGCAAAGGCACCGGAUUCGUGGGAGCUAGAUGCUCGGCUUGUGCCAUCGGAGCAGUUCUUGCACAGAGAGUGCUUGUCAAGGAGAUUGCUGCCGACGUCCUGGUUGAAGAUGGCAAGAGAGCAAAGAGUCGUCAAGAGCAGACCUCGACUACAAAAAUGACACUGAAACCGAAAGAAGCUUCAGCAGAGAAAGACAGUCGAGCGAGGGAGACGAUGGACGAGAAUGUGUCAGACGAGGAUGGCAAGACCUCUAAGGAACGA